CCUCUCAAAUGCAUAAUAAUCUGCUCCUUCCCAUUUAAAUAUCCCACAGAUCAACCUUUCUAGCUCUGAAGAAAUCGGACGCUUGAGUUUCAGAGAAGACAAACAUGUCGAAUCUAGACCAAAGGUCUGGCAAGGCGCCGGAAAAGCCUAAUUUUUCUCAGAAAUGUAAUCUCUUGAGCCGGUACUUGAAGGAGAGAGGGAGCUUUGGAGAUAUCAGCCUUGGCAUCACUGGGAAAAUUGAGCCCAAAGGUCAAGAAAUUUCUAACAAGCUUCCGGGAACGACGACAAACAACUUGUUGCCUAACAUGGAAAAUUCAACUGAGGAUUCAAGACAAAACGUCGUCGCAUCAUCCCCCAAUGUGAAACCUGGAGAUUUCUUUCAACACCUUUCUUCUGCCUCUGCUUCCAUCAAAGACACCUCCAUCACCACCACUAUCAAUAAUGGUGAUUUAAGGAAACCAUCAGUGGCGGCGGAGGCAGAUCCUGCUCAACUGACCAUUUUUUAUGCCGGACAUGUCCUGGUAUACAAUGACUUUCCGGCUGACAAGGUCAAGGAGAUAAUGGAGCUAGCUAAGCAAGGAAGCUCUAGUAUUAACAAUGCCAGUAUUGGUAAUGACAGAAUUAAUAACCCGGCCUCUGGCAAUCCUGUUGUUCCUGAUUUGAAUGUUCCUUCCACAUCUGGGAAUGAACAUAAUACCCAACUUCACCAUAUAGAACGUAUAGCACGAAGAGCUUCACUUCACCGUUUCUUCGCCAAACGAAAGGACAGGGUUGCUGCAAAAGCGCCAUACCAAGUAAAUCACCAUAAUGGUGGUCUUCAUCCUCCCAAACCGGAGGAUGUCAACCUGUUACCUGAGGAAGGUCAAUCAUCACGAGGCGUAAACCAUGAAGCUUCGAAGCAGCUGAUUCCGGAACCAAAUGAUCAUCUAGAAAAUGCUAUGCAGGAGGAAGGACAAUGUUCAAAGCAUCUUGACCUAAGGUUAUAGAAAAGAUUUGUUCGAUAAUCUUGUAGGUUAGGAUACCAAUAGCUUUUACUCAUUUAGUUCAAUUAGUCCACAUUUGAUCAAAUAGAAACUUGUUUAUGUAUACAUAUUCUUCUUUUCCAAUGGGAGUAUAUAAGAUGAUUUUUCUAUUCUUAUUCUCAUGGACCCAUGUAUGCUUUGUAUCUUAUUUUCAUGUUCUUGUGUAAUGCAUGAAGGUUAAGCUUGAUUCAAGAUCAAUUUCUAGAGUAUGAAUGAUAAUGAAUACCAUGGUCAACAA